CCCAGUAGUUGCGGAGAAACAGUCGCGGCGACUGAUAACGCGUCCGGCUGUCUCGAGCGGUUCCGCAGGCAUCUGUCACCCCACCAUUGAGUGCAGCCAUGGCCUUGGAGCCGGACCGCGACGGCGUCAGCGGGUCGAGAGGCUCCGCGGGGGACGGCCUGCAGCAGGAGCAGCGCGAUGACAGGGUAAAGGCCCACAAGAGGCGGCUGGCCAUCGAGAACGACGCCUUCUUGGAGCUGGACGAGAUGCUGCCGGUCCGCAGCUCCAGCAGCGGCUUCGUCGACAAGCCCGCCGUACUGCGUCACGCCAUCGCCUUCAUGAAAGUUUCCCGGUUCUACCGGCGAGAUCUCCCGCCGCCUCCGAGAUCCUGUGGUGGUUUGCAGUGGGAAACAACUGAAACAUUGACGGAUGCACUGUCGGGGUUCGUCUUCAUGUUGGACGGCAACGGGUGGAUCCUGUACAUGUCAAAUUCGGUAUCCAAACAUCUCGGCCAUUCUGCGGUCGAAAUGAUGGGCAACAACAUACGGAACUACCUGCACGACGACGAUAUGGCAGUCCUCUCCAACCUUCUCAGACUGCCGGUGCGCGGCUUGACGGAUCGGGGCGAACCGUGCCAGAUGCUUUUGCGAGUGACCAACUCCCUCCGCAAAUGGCGGCCCAGCUGCAAGUCUGUCUGCAGCCGCUACGCUGUGGUGCUGUGCUCUGGCUACCGGCGGCUCUGUCAGCUGACCGAGUCGCCCAUCUCCGAGGACAAUCGCAGCAGCAACAUCCUCCUCUUAGCGACUGGUUACACUUUGCCGCACUCCUACCUUCCGCAGUGCGAACUGGAAACGGGAAGCGGGAUGCCUGUUCGCAGUUCUCUGACAUUUUUGGGACAGAGGUGUUUCGUGUUUCGUUCCAGCUUGGGUUUGACCCCUUUCUACGUCGAGGCUGCCGUAAAAGAGCUUACAGGGUACGAGACGUUUACUUUUUCACGUAGCUCGUUGUACCAUUUCGUUCAUCCGUGUGACAUAGAGAGUGUUCGCCGGUCCCACAACGACGUUCUGGCUAAAGGCCAUUCUGUAACAGGCUACUAUCGUCUUAUAGUUCGAUCAGGUGGCUGGAUAUGGAUGCAGAGCUAUUUCUCUGUAGUUCACGCUGCAAGCACAACGAGGAAGAAGUUCAUCCUCGGCGUAAAUUACGCAAUAAGCGGCGUGGAAAACUCUCGUUUAGGAUCCCAUGACGUCAGCUAUCCGAAUCACUUCCUCUCACUACGUAAAGGACCAGGAAUCUCCGACAGGGGUAAAGCAAUGGAGUUAUGUCGUAGAGAAUGGAAAACUCCGUUGAAGUCCACACCUAAGAACGUCAAGUGUUAUGGGAAUUCUGAUCAGAUUGCCAUUCUUGGAGGUGCAGGGAGUGCACAGAACAAUGACCACAAUACUGCGCUGGCAAAUAGUUGCGCGCGCUCUAAUUUCACGAAAUCAUUAGCGGCCAGCGAAAGCGUCAGGAACGUGCAAACCCAUACACUUUGGUCCCAGCCCCAGCGAGAAGCAGACGGAAUCAGGAGCAAUGCUUCUGCAGGACGCGUAAGUGUGAACACUGCAGGUCUUAGUGGAGGUACAGUGCAUCAGAAUUUACUGGGCCCCCCUCAAAAACUGGUGUGUCGUGAUCGCUGCAGAACAUUCGCUAGACACGUCGGUCGGAUUCCUGGACCGCAAGAUUGGAGAUUGCAACGCCUUUCACACCAGCCCAUGGAAUCGCUAACACUGAAGUUCAUUUCUGAAGCUACCCCGUUCACCGACGAUGACAGUAAAGCUACCAAUAACUUAAUGUUUGACACAGGCUUGUUAAGCGGCAGGCUUGGGAUCCAAGAUCGCGGACGCAUUCAUGCCACCAGUGUAAAGCCAGCGCAGAAUCACAAUACUGUAAUAGAUACAUACCAGCAGUUUCAGUGGACGAACUCCUUUGCAACACCGAUGCUGCCAGCAAGAGAAGACUUGACUCUACGGCAAGUACCAAAAAUGCCUUGCAGAAAAGGCAACCCACUGAUGGGCCGUGGUAGUCCACAAGUUGUACCAAGCUAUCGCGACACGCGAUUCCCAGCGCUGCUCCCCGCUCAGCCUCUUAAUUCCGAAACGAAAUAUCCCCAGCAAGCUGAGGACUGCUCUUCUCGAUCCCUAACUAGGAGUACACUUAAAGCUCCCAUGCCAGCGUGUCGUUUUCAAAGUGGAUUUUAACCCAGCAAAGCCUCAUUUCAAAUAUUGCUCUCGUGUCUGCGUAAUUCUGUCACGUGUCUGUGGGAAACUCCAUGAACAGUAUGAAACAUUAGGUUUCAAAGUGACGUGAAGAACGAACAUCUGUACAGGAUUUAGACGCGCCUCCAGUGUUCGGUGGUAUGAGAACUUUGCCCAGAGCGAAGACUGGUACGAGAAUCAAUGUAGUACCAGCUGACAGUUACGUGGAGCGUAGGUUGCACAGGUUGCAAGAGUGUUGCUGCUUCCAUUCACCAGUAAAUGCAGAAAAUUCGGAGUGAAAUGUGGAUAAAAAUUUUAAAAAAUGGUGGUGUUAAGAAUGAUAAAAGUUAGAGUUUACAACUAUGUUUAGUAUGUUUAAAACGAUGAGUCACUUGUGACGUAAAUAUGACUGUAGACCUAAGUUUAGGAAGUUUAAAACGAUGAGUCAGUUGUGAAGUAAAUUUGACUGUUGAGUUGUGUGUUACUAAUAAGGUUACUGUUUGCGCAUUUCAUCGCCAGCGAAGAUAUUCAUAAUGCUUUGUCAUUAGUACAACACCUAUUUGCUAUCAGUGUGUUCAUAUGUUGCAAGCAUGUGUCUGUAUAAGUAUUACCUGAAAAAUGUUUUAAUUUUUUAUCAGUAUGGAAAAUGUUCAGCUUCUGUAAUAAAAUGGUGCUGCAUUUGUAAUCCAAAACAAAUAAAUAAAGAAUUUUGUGGUUAUUGCCAAUUGCACUUUCAA